AUGUCUCCAUACCGGCUGAUUUUUGGGAAGCAAUGUCAUCUACCUGUUGAGAUGGAGCAUAAAGCUUUUUGGGCCGUGAAGGAAUUCUGUUUAGAUGAGAAAAUCGUUGGCAAAGAAAGGCAAUUCCAACUGCAAGAAUUAGAGGAGAUUCGAUUGGAGGCGUAUGACCAUGCAAGUCGUUACAAGGAACGAACCAAAUUUCUGCACGACAAAUACAUUAGAAGGAAAUCCUUUGAAGUUGGGCAGAAGGUUCUCUUGUUUAACGCACGCUUAAGGAUUAUGCCAGGAAAAUUGAAAUCUCGUUGGUUGGGCCCGUUUGAAGUUGUUAGUGUGAGUCCUCAUGGAGCUGUGGAAAUCCAAAGCCUCGAAACACGAAAGUGUUUUAAGGUUAAUGGACAAUUACUCAAGCCAUAUUAUGUUGGAGUCGAGAUGGAGUCGUUCAAUGCGCUCAGCCUGACGUCUCCAACCAUCGUGAAGGAUUUUUGA